GCCCAGAGAUUCCGCUCCGUGCCGACCAUGCAAGGCAUUCUAGUUACGGCAUCAGACCCGUGGACAGUUCUCAGCAGAUGGUUUGGGGCGCAUGAACCCGCUGGUGACAAUUUUCGAGAAUCCGAGGUGCUGUGUCUACGUCCUCGUGUUAAAACGUGAUCAGUUGUGACAGUCAUCACGCAGUAAUGGAUUCAGAACAACAGCAAACGGCCAAAGAACGUGGUAAAACCAUUAGCUACGGUAUUGACGAGAAUCCGCCAUGGUACUUUUGUAUCCUGAUGGCGUUACAGCACUACUUGACCAUGAUCGGUGCGAUCGUAUCGAUACCGUUCAUCCUGACGCCGGCUCUGUGCAUGAGAGAUGAAGAUCCGGACCGCGGUACCAUCAUCUCAACCAUGAUCUUCGUUACCGGUCUCAUCACGUACCUACAGGCCACCUGGGGCUGCCGAUUACCGCUCGUACAAGGUGGCACCAUCUCGUUUCUAGUGCCUACGCUAGCUAUCCUUAGCCUGCCGCGCUGGAAGUGCCCUCCAGCCGAACUAGUGGACGGCAUGUCUGACGCCGAACGCACCGAACUGUGGCAGGUGCGAAUGCGGGAACUGUCGGGUGCAAUCGCCGUAGCGGCCGUGUCCCAGAUUGUGCUCGGUUUCACGGGACUCGUCGGGAAGCUGCUGCGUAUCAUAACGCCCCUUACGAUCGCACCGACCGUCGCGCUCGUCGGCAUUACACUCUUCCGCCAUGCCAGUGAAACGUCGUCCAAACACUGGGGCAUAGCGGUCGGCACGACGGCCAUGCUAACGCUCUUCUCGCAGCUGCUCAGUAACGUUAACUGUCCGGCCAUGGUUUACCGGAAAGGACACGGGAUUCGCGUCACGUGGUUUCCACUGUUUAAGCUGUUCCCCGUACUGCUAACCAUCGGUUUCAUGUGGGGUUUGUGUGCGGUACUGACGGCCACCGGUGUGUUUCCCGAAGGCCAUCCGGCCCGGACCGAUGUGAGGAUACGAGUGUUGCAGGAUGCGGCCUGGUUCCGCAUCCCCUAUCCUGGUCAGUUCGGUCUACCGACGGUAUCGUUGGCCGGUGUGCUCGGAAUGCUGGCCGGCGUUAUCGCCUGUACGGUCGAGUCAAUCAGCUACUAUCCGACGAUCGCUCAGAUGUGUGGCGCUCCGCCACCACCAUUGCAUGCCAUCAACCGUGGCAUCGGUAUCGAGGGGUUCGGGACGAUGCUGGCCGGUUUGUGGGGUUCCGGCAACGGUACCAACACGUUCGGUGAGAACGUCGGUGCAAUCGGAGUGACCAGGGUAGGCAGCCGACGGGUGAUCCAGUGGGCGGCAGCCAUCAUGAUCGUGCAGGGUGUGCUCAGCAAGUUCGGGGCCAUUUUCAUCAUGAUACCGGACCCGGUUGUCGGUGGCAUCUUUUGCGUCAUGUUUGGCAUGAUUACUGCGUUCGGACUGGGGGCGCUCCAGUACGUCGAUUUGCGGUCCGCCCGCAAUCUGUACAUUCUCGGUGUUUCGCUGUUCUUUCCCCUUGUCCUGUGCCUCUGGCUACAGGAGCAUCCGGGGGCGAUAGCUACCGGGAAUGAAACGGUCGAUUCUACGCUUUCGGUGUUGCUAGGGACGACGAUCUUGGUUGGCGGUGCGCUCGGUUGCCUGCUGGACAAUCUUAUUCCCGGUACCGAUGAGGAGCGCGGAUUGGUUGCGUGGUCCAAGGAGAUGGCGCUCGAUGUGGCCCAGACGCAACCGGCAGCUGCGAGCGAUGGCGAUCGGUGUCCUUACGAUUUUCCAUACGGGAGCGGUCUGCUGCGACGCUGGAAAUGGACCCGAUACGUGCCGUUCUUACCCACGUACAAGAUUAAGCAGUAGAUAUGGUUCCGAUGCGAAGAAUGUUUUGUACGACGCAGGCUACUGUGCUAUACUGCAAUCACGAUAUUAUUCGGAAUGUUUACCAGUUCCUUGGAUGUUGUUGAAAUCUCGAUAAGAAAGUUGCCAAACGUUUGAAGAAAACUCCCGCUCUGGACUGUAAAUUUGCAAACGAAUAUAUCCUCUACACAACCCCAAGGGCAAAGGUUGAUUGAA